GAAAGAGGCUAAUCUGCAUGGCAAUCCCGAGCAUGAGCUCAUCGUGCCGCAAUGAAUUGUGAACUCUUUCUGCACUCGUGUUCCAUAGUCCAGUCACACAAUAAUCAUUGACUGCUGGUAAGCAAGACUGCAAUGAGUAGGCUGUGUUGAGUCUAGAUGCAUGCCCCAACCAGGCCUGCUGAUUCACCGUGCUGGAGUCAACCUGUUGCCCCGAGCUCAUCGAGGGGGAGGGGUAAUAUGACGUCAUAGGCAGGGUAGGGCUCAGGGCUGAUCACAUGCCCCAGACCGCCGGCGGUCAUGUGAUACCGGAGCCUUUACGGCGGUGAGGCUUAAUGCCACAUUCACGUGAUGAUAUAAAAACCACGUGACUAUAUCGGAACCAUUGGUUUUGCCAAAACAGCUCGCCGCUCAUGACCGGACGUAUAUCGCUUUAUGCAUUGAGCCCCCACGAAUUGUUGCCAAAAUGCCUCGAAAGCUCAGGGCGGCAGCCCAAGCGGCAGCUAAGUCUAUGAAAAAUGUUCCAACGUUACCAGACCUGUCGGACGAGGAGAUGCUAGAUGCACCUCCAUCACAGCCCUCGUCGCCGCCCAUUGAAGAACCAAAUUCACCCGAUGACGAUCCCGACGUAGAGCCCGAAGGCGAUGACCAAGACGCGGACGAAGCGCAGGCCGACACGCCUGGUGAAUCCAAAGAAGCAGAGGAUAAUGCCCCAACUCCUGCUACAGAAGACACGACGCAGAUUGAAGGUGAGGCAGAUACACCCACCCACGCGAUUGGCCGCCCCGCUAUCCCACGCAAACGCCGUCUCGGCCGCCCCCCCAAGAACCGCCCACCAGACUGGGAUGCGCCAGACGGUUCCCAAACCCCAAUUCGCGUCACAACCCCCGUCAAGCGCCGACGAGGUCGCCCCGCCGCAAGUGGUGGUCGGUGGGCACGCAAUCGAGGACCAGUCCACAACACCCAGGUCCCCGUCGACAAGGAAGGAAAUAUGAUGGAUGUCAUUGGAGAUGAAGUCGCGCUCCCACCAAACCCGGUGGGCGACAGCAAAGUCGACGAGAAUGGUCAUCUCCUUGGAGGCCGUGAAUACCGAGUACGCACAUUCACCAUCCUCAACCGUGGCGACAAGCUUUACAUGCUAUCAACCGAGCCAGCGCGAUGUAUCGGCUUCCGAGACUCGUAUCUAUUCUUCCAAAAGCAUAAGAUGCUCUACAAGAUCAUCAUUGAUGACGACGCCAAGCGCGACCUGAUCGAGCGAGAUAUCAUCCCGCAUUCAUACAAGGGUCGUGCUAUAGGUGUGGUCACGGCGCGUUCGGUGUUCCGUGAGUUUGGCGCCAAGAUUGUCGUCGGCGGUAAGAAGAUCUCCGAUGACUAUGAUGAGAAAGCUGCUCGGGAGCGCGGUGAUGUGGAGGGAGAUUUGGCUGUCCCGGAAGACAAGCUCCCGGCUCCUGGAGAGCCAUACAACCGCAAUCAGUAUGUCGCAUGGCAUGGUGCUAGUAGCGUUUACCAUACGAACGCACCUUCGGUGCCCAUGGCCGGUGGAAAGCCUCUCGAUCCCAAGAAGCGACGGAUUCCGGUGACGGACGAGAAUUGGAUGCUCGAGCAUGCUCGUGCUGCAAGCCUUUUCAACUCCAAACUCGUUGAGAUUCGCCGCGAGACAAUGGACGGUAUUUACGACGUCCACACCAACACCAUGCAAUACCCUCAAAUCAUGCAACCAACGCAUGUCCGCUGGGAGCGCGUCCCCCCCUCUGACGUUCGCACCACCGCCGAGCUCAUGUCCACGCUCAGCAUCACGAACAAGAAGUCUACCACAGAGACACAGUCUGCAUCUGCCGAGCCCGCGGAUUCUGCCGACAAGCCUGAUGACCAGACCGAAAGCACCACCAUCUUCCCGCCCGUCCCCUCCCACAUCUCCGACCGCUACGUCGUCACAGACAUUGUCUACGAGUCCCCACCAUAUUCCAAUAUGGGCGUUCCCGGCCCAGACGGUGACUUGCGCAAUUUGAACCCUAACGGUCUGGCCAGCAUCGCCAAUCCCAAGCACCCGGAGUUCAUGACGCCCGAGAUCCUGGCGCUUCUGCCCGAUGACUGCAAGGACGCCUUGAUUGAUGCGGCAGCCCGUGAGAUCCAGUGGAAGUCGAAGUGGAGCACCGAGUCUCAAGAUGGCAUGCGCGCGCAGCCCUCAAAAAGCUACGCUUGGUACCCUUAAAGCUGAAGCACGCGCUUCGACUCUUCUGAGGGCACCUCCAGCCCUUCCUCGUUCUCUUUUCCGGUCCACUUUCGACAUGGCUUCGAAUAUUUCUCGUUCUAAAUGGAAGCGCUUUUCUUUUUGCUAUGGAGGCAUGGUUUUUUUCACCGUGAUCUGCUACGGGUGAUGGGGUCUCUUUCUUUUUCUGGACGACACUUUUGUUCUUUCUGGGGUUCUUUUCAUGGAUUUAGCAUGGGAAUCGGUGUGGAUAAAACGUGCCAUGGGAGUUCUCUUUCUUGGGAAAUGCUAUUACCUAUUAUUCUCUUUCCACACCUGAGGUGUUCUUGGUGCUUUUGGUAACAAGGAGUAAGUGAUAAACGCCGUGUGGGCUAGCUGGAUUAUAGGCAGUGGAGCGGAUUUAGCGUACUUUUGGUUUUCUGGCUUGAUGUAAGAGUAUAUAGCUUUCAUAGGACCUAGAAAUAUGGAAGUAAUCAAAACAUCCCUCUUGGCGGUUCUGACAAUUAUGGACGGUCCAUUCAACGUAUAUUCAUUCUGGAUCUCUAGUCUUAUUCCAUCUCUCGUGCCCCCCUGCUUAGAAAGCUACGUAGCCUGGUAGGUACGGUGCCAUGAACUAUGAUCGCUCGAAGCCUACAGAACUUCCAGAGAAGAUUGAUAGUCUCACGGCCUGAUAGGCAGGAGACAGG